AUGGAUGCCAAACCUCAAGCAACAGGGGCGCAGCUCCCCAAGUGGAAACUGAUUACUCUCUAUGCCUGCAUCUGCUCUGGAUUGUUUCUAGCCUUCCUCGAUACCUCGAUCGUCGCCACCGCCCUCUUCACCAUCGGUUCAGAAUUUGAAGCACUCUCAGAAGUCAACUGGGUGGCACUAUCCUACACUCUCGCGUACCUGGGUUGUACGGCAAUUUUCGCAUCUCUCUCCGAUGUCUUCGGUCGCCGAAAUGUCUACCUGGCAGCCUUUGUGAUAUUUCUUGCUGCUUCUCUUGGCUGUGGGUUCGCCCAGGACGUCAACCAGCUCAUUGGAUUGCGCGCGCUUCAAGGCGUUGGAGGAAGUGGGCUGUACAGCGUUGGGAUGGUGAUUAUGCCCGAGAUAUCGCCCGUCAAGAUGUUGAAGAUGAUUGGUGCGCUCAUAGGAAUUGUGCUUGCUAUGAGUGGUGUCCUGGGCCCGUUAUUGGGAGGUGUCAUUACGCAGUUUACCUCCUGGAGAUGGAUCUUUUGGAUUAAUGCGCCAGUUGGGAUCGUGCCGCUCGUGCUGUUUGCCAUCGCCUGGCCCAACGAGAAGGAGAUGGUUCCGAGAGAGAGACAAGGGAUUCGCCAGAUGGAUUUCUUGGGCUUCUUUUUGCUCAUUGCAGCCAGUGUUCCUAUGGUAUUCGCCUUCCAAGAAGCGGGGAUCCGCGUCGUUACUAGUGCUAACGCUUGGAAAUCUGCCAUUUUCAUUGCGCCGCUAGUUGUGAGCUUGGUAUGCUGGGUCGCCUUGUAUGGGUGGGAGUAUACUAUCUCCGUUCGUUGGGAGAACUCGAUCGGUGCACUGUUUCCCUUCCGGAUGGCACGAAGCCGGUCCUUUGUAUCUGCCCUUGUCUCGACCAUGCUACUGGGAUUCACAUACUUGGUCGUUAUCUAUGCGCUACCGAUUCGCUUCCAGAUCGUCAAUGGACAGAGUGCACUGAACUCCGGUAUUGCUCUGCUGCCUAUGCUGGGAUCAGUUGCCGUGGGCUCCGCUCUUACUGGGCCUAUAGCGACGAGGAUCAAGAACAGUAUCUUCCCGAUCAUGUUCGCCGGCGCAGCCUUGGUACUUAUUGGAGCGGCGGCAUUCACAACACUGGAUGCUGAACCCGAUAGCAAGGCCAAAGCGUACGGGUUACAAGUUUUCAUUGGACUUGGAUUUGGUAUGACUGUGAGCAUGUCGAGUAUGGUUGCUAAUGUAGAGACUAGUCCUAAAGAUAAUGCCGCUGCUCAAGGUAUGAUGGCACAGGUCCGCAUGUUUGGUGGCAGUAUUGGUAUAGCUGCUUCCACUGUUAUCCUCGGCACGAAACAACGUCAACAGCUGCUCGAACCUAGAGUUAUCAGCCCAGUUCAAAUGGCAUCGUUGCAUGAAGUCAUGAUCCAUGCCUCGCUGGAAGAUGUCCGGGCCAUCAGAAAAGCGUACUCCGAUUCUUUCAAUCAGACUUUGAUGGUGUGUGCGAUCUUGGCGGGGAUAGCUUUGCUUCUCUCCGUCGGGUUUUGGGAGAAGAACGCUCUCGAUAUGAAGGAGAAGUUGAGACGACGGGAAGUCUUCGAUGCUGAUGAAUCAAACGGGUCGGGACAAACGGAGCGAAAGGGUCCGAUUACAAGUCAAGUGUAG